UCUUACAAUGGACAAUAUAGAGUGUGAACACUGCGGCGGCACCGAUUUUUACAAAGAAGCCGGUUUUUUCUUCUGCAAAGGGUGCCAAGUUCAGUCACAAGAAGUCCAAGAGUACGUUUUUGAUGACUUUACCGCCGAAACCAAAACAAAAACUCGGAAAGUACAAAGCGAGAAGAGCGAAAAAGUCGACAACAAAAUAACCAGUUGGGAGUGCUAUAAUCACAUUCUUCUAGGGUUAACCGAGGAGUUAAUAAAUUUGGGAGCUAAUAGAAAAUUUAAAUCAGUGGUUAGAAUUCUCUGGUUGCGUUACUUGGAGAAGGUGAAAGUGUUCACACUAGGGCAAAAUCAGCUGCCUAAAUUGCAAGCAGUGUCUAACGCAAUAGACGCCGAAAUCGUGUAUGGAAAACUGGCAAAAAGGAAACGAAAACGGCGGCAGUCAUCGUCGAGUGAAGUGGAUCUAACAACUUUGGACUCGUCGUCACUGAAGCAAGAAAGAAUUCGGAGAAAGCGGGCUUUAAUUAAAGCUCAGUAUGAAGAUUUAAGUCAGAAAAGUCAAGGUACCCCGUCGUUACACAACGAAACUUUGGCGAGUCUCCAAAGUUCUGAAAAAAGCUCAAAAAGUAAGCCGCUGGCGUAUAAUAUUUACGCCUCGAGAGAGCUGAAACGUAUACAAAGGACGCGGUAUCACUGGCGUAAACACAUUGUAGAUUUUGAAAGGAACUUGAAGUGCCACAGAGUUAGUUAUAGGAGGAUUUCACAUAGAUACCGCCAGAGCCCCUACAUUCUCUCUCUAAAUAAACUCUACUCAAUUCUAUAUUUAGCUCUACUUAUUGGCAAAGACAAAAUUCAGCUUGGUGAUCUUUUGAGAUUCAUCAAAGAAGGGAAGUUGAGUUUCAACUGUUACAGUCAUUUUUUUCCUGAAAAUUUUGCCGACAAACGUCUGAAUUUUCGUAACUUUAAAAAAAAUAGCGUUUUUGCAAAUACACCAUUCCGGGUUAUUACGUCAGAAAUGUCGGUUUUUUUGGAAGUCGAUUAUUAUGUAGUGUGUCCUGAUUUAGUAGAACUUAGCGAGAGAUACUGUAAAGAGUUGAAUUUACCCCGGGAAAUUUGCACUUGUGUUAAAAAUCUUCUAACUAGAGCUGAUGUUAGAAUGUCAUUUCGCAAACGAGUGAAUAAAGUCCCAAAUUACGAAGGCCGCGUUUUGAGUAUAAUUCUUUUUGUUGUUAAACUGUUAUUUGGGCUUGAUGAUGUAACGGAAAUUCAUUUAGGGACUUAUGCGGAUAUUUUGAACAGAAGCGAUUUAAUUAAGCCGAAAAUGUUCAAUGUAGUAGAGUGGUUAAAGCAUAUAGAGUACAGAGACUGGGUUAUGACGGAAGAACAUUUUCCGACCAAUUUUAACAAAAGUUGUGAACCAAAAAUAAAUUUAGCUCUUGGGGUUCUUGGUAAGAAAGAAUACCCAGCUGAGGUCAAAAUUAACGCAAAUAAAGACAACUACAAGCAGCUUUUAUCAAAGCUGAAAAGUGAACUAGACGAACCUGAUACUUUGGAACUUCCGGUCACCUUUACGCCGUUUUUCGAUUUCGUAAAACUACUACCAAAGUCGAAAUAUAUGGAAAUUUUGUCAAAAGACUUCAGUAGUGACAGUUUGAACCACAUUUUAAAACCUAGUCGGUUUCUAGAAAUUUUGAACGACCAACUUGUGGUUGUACAUGGAGGUGCCAACGAUGAUUGGGUUUUCGAAAAACUUGUUUGCAACGAUCAGAAAAGAAGGCACGAAUUAAAGGAAAAAAGAAGGCUAGUGACAGUAAAACUUUCCUUUGAUUGUCGAUCUGAACGUGAAAAUCACCAACUAGAGGAAAAAAACGACUGCGAACGCUACAAGGAUAACUUCUAUGCGGCCAAUGAAGCGUCUUUCUUGCGAAAUAUGCACGUGUUGAGCAAAAACAACCCGAAAUAUCGUCCAGAUUUGGACUUCGAUGCAAUCCGGAAUAGUCUUGAUGCGUCUCGAGAAGAAUAUCCAAAUCACUACAACCCAUAUGAAAGAUUCUGGAUGCGGACUAAACUUCGUCUCGAGUUACAAAGUCAACAGGAGUGCAAAAAGUUUCUAGAGACGUUUCCUUAUAAUUUUCGCGUUGUGUUCAAAGAGUGUCAGCGAAUCGCCCAACAGAACGAACAGGAGCUCCUGGUGGAGUACCAAAUGACCGAGCUUCACUUGGUACAUCUUGCAAACUAUGGGAAAAAAACGCACAAACAAACGGUGAUCAAAGAUAAGCUAAUUUCGAACUAUUUACAAAAUUGUACACACUUAUGGUGACGUUUGUUACAUUAUAUUAUUU